AAAUCCUUGUUUAUAUUCUACAAUACCCAUGAGGCUAGCAUAAUCCAUUUUCACGAAUUGGGUUGCUUUUUUUGCAUGAAACAUUAUAUAUUUACCAACAAUCCAACCUACUACAUGUGCUAGUGCACUUUGAUUUCCUUUUUUUAUGUACAUGAUCACAUCCAGAGUUGUAACACGAACACACAAAGAAAAAAAAGAAAGAGUUGUAACACGAGCCCCACCCUGACUGAGCUGACAGUGGAUACUGACACACUAGAAGGAUGGCAGGAUUGUGGUUCGAUGUUUGACAAUGUGAAGAGGAUCACUAUACAGGUACGAGACACGAUCAACUGUGACGUCAUCCAGAGGAUCCAUCUACCAGGAGCAACAGAACUCACCUUUCAAACAGACGAGAAUGCACCUCAACCGGCUGGUUUCCGCGAGGAGCCCACUUCACUACCCAAUGCCCUCCUGAAUAUCUCCCCUCAGCUUGUCAAGGUGACAUUCAGCAAACUGGAUAUUGGCAACAGUAAGAUGGAACUAAUCUUACAAGCUUUCAGAUCACCUCACAACCUCAAACAUCUGAAGAUUAUCAGAUUCAUACGAUGCGGGUCAGAUGAGGGCGUGGAUGAUGUCAUAAUUGCUUGCAAUAAAGAUCAGGUCAUGGAGGUGGAGGUGGAGCAUGGCAAACCACGUGGUCUUAACUUUGCUUAAUCAUAGAAGUGGCACCACACUCGAUCUGACGAAUCAGACGGAGCAGACAACCUUUGCACACGAACAGGAAAUAUGGGCGGAAAUGAAAAGUGCCUCAAACACAUCAUCAGAUUUUUUUCUUUGGCAAUUUUCAUGCAAUCGACUUUAAUAUUCAUCCACUGAAUCACGUUGACAUUCAUAUGAUUUAGACGGAUGUGUAUGCUUUACAUCGGUAUUGCAGCUUUCGUUAAUUUGUUUAAGAAAUUGUGAUUUUGAUUUCCCUUCAAAAUGUCACUCUCAGUGUUCAUUCAUUUAAUAUACACAGGCAAUAUACUUUAAAGGGUGUUAGGCCUACUUGGAUUAACACGGUGGAAAUCUCAAAACUUGUAAAAGGGCCAAAAUGUUGUAAAAUAUCAUUGUUAUUGUUUUUUUUUAAUACAGUAAUAUUUCUUUUCGAAUUUGAAUUGUUCAACUGGCAGUGCUUUACACGCCAUAUUUGCUAUGUAGGUUUCAAACAAGGGCAGGAGUUUUAGGGUAAACCUUUUGGAGUAGUAUCCACAGAUAGGAAAUGAAGGAAUGUAUCUAGUCAUGUAGGCCUACAUCGCCCUUCCAAAAAGGCCAAUGAAGACCCUUUUAAUUCACAAAUAAAGCAAUCUAUAUUUGUUUUAUCCAAUAUCUCUUGUAUAUGAACUGUUGCAUGUAUCACAUAAAAGGUUUCUUAUGAUUUAUGAUUUUCAUUUUGAAAGGGAAAACAAUCUUGUCUGAUAUAUUUGAGUUGGUAAUUUUGUCUGUUGAUAAUUUGUAAAUAACGUAUCCAAAUUGUAUGUGCCCAUACGAAGGAGGGUCUUUGCAACGCAAGUUAUAAAUUACUGACUAACUAUAAAUUAAGGCUGUAUAAAUGCAUAAGAAUUUGAAAUAUCCAAUCAGCUAUUUUUCUACAAGUUCAUCUAGUGAUUGUACAC